AUGUGUGUUCGCCUUCUAGCAUGCAGAUGGUUCAGACGACUCGGUGAAAGUGAUCCCUCAAGUUUCCGGUAUUUAUUGCACAAUCGUUACGAUGUUAACCGUGUACGGCGCGUUAAUAAACAGUUUACGACUUCCAGUAGAAGAUGUGCAAUGUUGUCUCCGUCUGAAGUAAGUACAAUCUUGCGGCAACAAGAGUUUACAGUCCAUCUGGAUAAAUACGAAGGUGGCGUCGUGACGUCCUUCGAUACGACCCAGCUUGCAGCGAAUAGGCCCGUUGAAGAUCGUCGAUCGGCAGCGACAUGCUUGCGGAGUGGUGGAUUGCUUUUCGGUGUAUUUGAUGGACAUGCUGGUACUGCCUGUUCUCAGGCUGUCAGCGAACGUCUGUUCGACUAUAUUGCUACAUCGAUUCUUCCCUACGACAGGCUGGCUGAAAUUCAAGAUGCAUUUUUGCAUAGACGGACGGAAAUACCUCUUCUAAAGUGGCACAGGAAUCCAGAUGACUAUAUUAGCGUCGAAAAUGCCGAGGGAUACAAGAAAAGUCUAGGUCGAUUUGUGAAUGACAGUCUAGCAAUGAAUGUGGAAGACGAUGACCUACAUGCGGCCAUCGAACUUGCGUUUGAACGACUGGACGAAGAUAUAUCGUCCGAAGCAAGAGCUUUGAUUGGUGGGCGUACGACAGUAUACCAGGACGCUACCCAAGUUGCACUGUCUGGUUCGUGCGCAUGUGUCGCUUAUAUCAACGGUUCUGACGUAUGGGUAGCAAAUGUCGGGGAUAGUCGGGCAAUUAUCGGACGUAAAGCAGAGAUGACUCAUUCAGGCUGGAUUCCGAAAGCACUUUCUCAUCGUCAUAGCGGUCAUAACACAGUGGAAAUUGACCGAAUCAGAAAAGCGCAUCCUCAUAACGAAAGUGCCUUUCUCAUCAAGAAUAACAGACUACUUUCAGAAUUAGCCCCACUCAGAGCGUUUGGCGACGUCAAAUACAAAUGGCACGCUAACCAACUAAGGGCGUUACCUAAUGGAAGAAUGCUUAUUCCAAGGCACUAUUACACACCCCCAUAUCUGGUUGCUACUCCUGAAAUAAUCCACCAUCGCCUCACUCCCCAGGAUAAAUUUCUAGUAAUUGCCACUGAUGGUUUGUGGGAUUUUAUGACUAAGGAGAAAACUGUUCAACUUGUGGGUGAUCAUAUUAGCGGGCGGGAAACUUUGGAGGCGUUUAAGGUCAGGCCAACCUCGCGAUUUACACUCAGUGACAUUAACUCGAAAUUGAAAGACCGUAAAUCGGGACUUGCUUCGAGGCCUAUCGACGACAAUGUAGCCACUCAUCUCGUACGACAUGCUCUGGGUGACAGCGAGAAAGGCAUCAGCCACGGGAAGCUCUCCGCUUUCUUAUCGCUCCCUCAUUAUGAAGUGCGUGAUCACAGGGACGACAUCACUAUUUAUGUAAUUUUCUUUGACACUGAGAAAAAGAGGAGUAAAAGUCGCGGGUAA